AUGCGUUUCGAGGCUCCCCCGGUUGAGCCUCUUAUGCAAAAGCCAAAGGCCCCUCCACCACCCGAAACCGAAGGCGAAGAGCCAAUUCUAUCCAAGCAGGACGAUGUGGCUGCACAGCCGAAGGGAUAUUCUGCCAAAGGGUCCGGUCUAUCAGGGUCGCCGAAGCCACAGUCUAACCCAAGUUCAUUUUCCGAGCGCCCUAAGUUUGAGAAGGCUCUCGCGCGAGUAAUCAGUCUUCUUCCAGGUGAAAUGGAAGGCAGAGACUUGUUACGCGCUGUUGAAGGAACCGGAAAAGAGAAACUUCGCGAAAUGGGUCUCCGGGUCCGCGAAUAUAAAAAGUUUUUCCAGGCCUGGGAAGACCUUCAUCUCACCUUUGACGAAGAAGGAGGCAGCUACGUGCGCGAUGAUGUUAUCCAGUAUCUGCGACACCAUCAGCAUCAGCCUUCUGACGACGACAUUGGCGAAUCUUCUUUGGCUCAAACGAUCCAUUCCUACGAGGCGUACCGAUACUUCCUUGUCAAAUUCGGACAACUGCUCUUCCCAUGGACGGCACCGUACUUCCCUGACCACAUGACUCUCCAUUCACAUUUCAAAAAGGGAGGUAGAGGCAUCGUUCUCACAGCCGGUGAUGAUCAGGCACCGUAUCUGCUCACGAUUAUCCCCACGUUCCGAAAACUCGGGUGUACCCUGCCGAUUGAGAUCAUGUAUUUGGGUGACUCGGACCUCUCCGAGGACUAUCGUUCUGAUUUGGAAAGCCUGGAUGGCGUACUCACUCGAGACAUCGCGCAAAUGGUAAAUGAUGAGGGCUGGAAAUUGGCGGGCUGGGCUGCCAAGCCAUUUGCAAUCCUGUAUUCCAGUUUCCGCGAAGUCAUCUUCAUUGAUGCCGACAGCCUGUUUUUUGUAAACCCGGAACUCUUGUUCGAGGAUCCUGCAUACCAGAAAACCGGCGCUCUUUUCUUCAGGGAUCGUUUGAUUAUGCCAGAGUCGAAGAAGCGCUGGCUCCAACAGAUUUUGCCAAAGCCCAUUUCAAGACAAGUCAAGCAGAGCCGGUUCUGGACAGGGGAUAGUGGUCACAUGCAAGAAUCGGGUGUAAUAGUGGUUGACAAAUGGCGUCAUUUCAUUGCCCUUCUUCUGGUCACGAGAAUGAAUGGCCCUGACCGAGACGGAAAUAAAGAGGAAGGCCGGGUUGGUAUAUAUGACAUGGUCUAUGGCGACAAAGAGACUUUCUGGCUCGGCUGGGAGCUUGUGGGAGAUCAAGAGUACGCUUUUCAUCAGGGCGAUGCUGGCACAAUGGGUGUCGUUCAAGCGCCCAAGGAGGAAGAGAAGAAGCCCAGACUGGUGAGAAAGAAGAGACCGGUCAUGGACGAAAACGGCCUGCCCAGACUGGACGAGAACGGGCAAGAGAUGGUGGAAGAAUAUGACAUACUUGAAGAAGCCGAAGAGCCAGAACCCGGGGAAAGAGCCGAGCCGUUAAAUUACACCAUCUGCUCUCCACAGCUUCUCCAUUUGGAUUUGCGGGGCAAACCACUUUGGUUUAAUGGAUGGCUUGUGGACAACAAGUUCGCCGACAAGAAACAGAAAAAGUUCGGCAAAUUUGAACACUAUCUAAUUGAGCCUAGGGAUAUCAGGGAGCCUGGUGCUUGGCAGUUGGAGGAAAGCAACAUGUGCUGUCUGACAACUGACGCAGAACUGAAGCGCGAUUUUUCACCGGACGAGAAGGAAAUAUUGAACAUGAUGAUUAAUCAAGCCAAGGAGGUCGGUAUCGCAGGGUGA